UGAUGCAACCUGGCAACCAAACAAACGGGCUGAGUUGACGACCCUCAGCAGCAGUCCCGGUGUGAGACCGUAAGACCGUAAGACCACCGGAGAGUCUGCAACUCUGCCCCAACAGCAGCAGACUGUUUGUGUCACAGUGUAUCCGUUGUCAGUGGGCAGAGAUGGGCCACGGUCGGACGGUGGCCUGCGUACUCUGUAAACGCUCCGACGAGACGAAGAUAACCGGAGCGUUAUCGACUAAAGAUCAAGUCACGGCUCAUCAGAACUGUUUGUUAUUUUCCGCAGGUAUUUAUUGCCGUGAUUCUCCAGAGUUUGAUGAUUUGUUUGGUUUCUCUGUGGAGGAUGUGAUGAAUGAGGUGAAACGAGGAGGCAAACUGGCGUGUAGCAAAUGUAAGAAAAAGGGUGCCACCGCUGGCUGUGAGGUCAGACGCUGCAAGAAGUCCUACCACUACCCGUGUGCAGUUCAGGAAGGAGCUAAGACUAUUGAGGAUGACGACAAGGGAAAAUAUGGGCUGUACUGCUUCUAUCACUAUCAAAAAACACAAGAAAACAACUCUGUAAAUAGACGUGCGUCUUCCGUCUCUGAGCACCAAACUUCGGAAGAUUCCAACGAAGCCGGACCAUCUAAGGUAUUUUGCCUUACUUGUGAGAAGACAGAGGGAAAUAUCAGCUUGGAAAGUUUGUCUAAUAGUAUUACUAUGCCUGUGUGUUAUAGAUUGUAUUGUGAUCAACAUGCUCCUGCAUCACAUAAGAGGUACGCCAGCGGUGAUUCUACAGCAGCCGGACCGUCUGCGUACAGCAGUGACUCCAACUCAUCCAGCAGUACGAAGCAUACCAAGAGACGGUUGAGUUUCAGUGACAAACAGGAAGAGAGCGCCUCUAAACGUAAAGCUGAAAGCUGGAAUGGGAUAAUAACAGAGGAUUCUUCAGAUGACAGUGAACCUAAUGCAGACAUAGAGAUAUUCGCCCCUAUAGAGUAUGAUUUAAAUGAAAGUGCAAACUCCCAGACUGUGCCCCAGUUGAUCAGUAAAGCUACCAAGAGUCCCAGCGGGUCCCCCUCAGGAAAUCAACCGGAGGAUGAGAGCAAAGAUGAAGAUAAAGACGAUGACGAUGACGAUGAAACAGAUGCUGAGUCAGUGAGUCUGCUGCCUCCUGUGGGGAGCAGCAUGGAGUCCCAGUCACUCUCGACUCAGACUGCACUAGCUGCACAUUCCCCGGUGGAGGUUGUAAAGAGACACAGUGAAGGGUCCAGUCCGGAGCGAAGUCCUGUCCACAGUCCGGUCCCUGAUCAACCCACAGCCGGACCCUCUGGCCCACAGGAAGGCUCCGCCCGGCCCGCUCCCAGUCCAGUCCGCUCCAAACCCUGCAACGUGACUGGCUCACCUCAGUGCACCAGCACGGCCAGUUCACCAGAUCCACCUGAAACCAUCUGUGUGUCCCUGCUCUCCUCCCCUUCCUCCCCCGCGGCACUUCCCACAGACCCAGAGCCCGGCAUCCACUCCACCAGCUUCUGGAAAAGCUGCAACGCGGCGGGAUGCACGCAGGCCAUCUUCGGCGAUUUCGUUAAUGCGAUGAACGAUAUCUCCAGCAGAAUUCAGUCAGACCGGGCCAGCCAGGAGGAUUAUGAUCUUGCACUGAGAGUGAUGGAGGCUUCUGGAAAACUGCCAGAGCUUGUGACCAAGCAGCAGAAAGAGUUACAAAGGAAACAACUGGAGCUGCAAAAGGCAGCAGCAGCUAUGAAGGAGGUCGUCUCAGCACUGAGGAGAUAAGUCCAUCAGCAGCUGCUGUAAGAACGUGGAGAUCAGUGUUUACUGUGAACGCUUACUUCUUUUUGAUUCUCACACUUUUAACAGAUUUAGAACAUUUGAUACAAACAGUAUAUUUUUAUAUUUUUGUAUUGAUUAUGGCUUCAUAUUUAAGCGAAGGGUUAGAUGUGGGAAUACAAAACCGUACCAAUGAAUGAUAUUGAUAAUUACUGAGCACUGAUCUCAGAUUACAGCCUGAGAGAAAUGCUUUUAGAAAUAAGGUGUAAAUGGUACAGUUCUGUUUAGAAAGGAUGUUUCACAGGAACAUUUUCGUGGUGGAAACGGGUUUUAUUUCAAAACCUGCACUGAACAGAAAGAAUUGUUUGCCUGAAUGUUUUAGAUGUUUAAAUUGUUCAAUUGUUCCGUUCAGAUUUUUUAAAAAUAUUUUGGUACUGAUAUGUAUUCUUUUUUUAUUAUGUUUAUUAUGUAUUACUUAAAAUGUAAGAUAUUUUAUUGUCAACCGACAAUGGAAAAACCAAAACAUUUUGCCACUGUGUUUACAUAUCUGUGUAUAGGUGAAUGCCUCAGUAGGGAUUUUUGUUCCUUUGCACGGAGAAGAGAAAACAUCUGAAGACACUUGUAGUAUAAAAAAAAGCUUAACUUAAUUGUGACAACAAAGUUGUUCUUCAUACUACCACUUACAGGAACUCUUCAGUCUUUGUCACUUGAACUGUUGUCGGUGAGUGGCCAAAUUGUUCUGAUGCACUAUUUUUUGACUUAAUGUUAUUUACAGUCCAGAAGGGUCCAUUAUUGCUUGUUCAAGAAUAUAUUUUUAAAGCUUUAAAAUGAUAUCGUUAAAAUGAUAAAUGUUCAUUUGAAACUGAAA